AAACAGCUGAUAGCCCGCGUUGCCAACUAACAGUUGAGGCCAGGGCUGCAGGUUGCGGAACGCUCAAUUGCGAGCCGGAAAAAAAACAACACAUCAAAUAGUUCGUAAAAUUUCCGUGUAAAUUGACUUAAAAAUGGUUCGAAAAGUGCUAAUGAUUUGUUUGGGCAACAUCUGCAGAUCCCCGAUUGCGGAGGUCGUGAUGGUGGACACCCUGGAGAAGGCGAAUGUCAAGGACGUGGAGGUCGAUAGUGCAGCAAUUGGUGGCUGGCACGUGGGCAACCGCGCUGAUCCGCGGGCCAUCAGCACGCUGCAAAAGCACGGCCUCAAGUGCACCCACAUCGUUCGGCAGAUCCGCAAGCAGGACUUCUCGGAAUUCGACUACAUCUUCGGCAUGGACGAGGACAACAUGAGCGAACUGAGGCGUCUGGCGCCCAAGGACUCCAAGGCGGAGCUCCUCAUGCUCGAGAAGAAGAACCGCAUCAUUGAGGAUCCCUACUAUGAGCGUGGAGCCGAGGGCUUUGAGACCGCCUAUCAGCAGUGCGUGGUUGCCUGUGCCGCCUUCAUGAAAGAGCGCCUCCAGAAAUGAAUGAUUUGUAAAAGUGUUGUGAUGUAGAUAAACUAAUAAAUGUUGAUACUAAACGUGAA